GCGGCUGCGGACGAGGAUGGGAGCGGGGGCCCCCGGCCUCCCGCAGCCUCUGGAGCCCCGCUGAAACCGGCCGCGGAGACCCCGCGCGGGAGCCGAAAUGUGUCUGCGCUUUGGUGGCCUGAGUGUGGAUGACUUCCGGAAGGUGCUGAUGAAGACGGGGCUGGUGCUGGUGGUGCUGGGCCAUGUGAGCUUCAUCGCAGCUGCUCUCCUCCAUGGCACAGUGCUGCGCUACGUGGCUGCCCCCCACGACGCUGUGGCUCUGCAGUACUGCGUGGUCAACAUCCUCUCUGUCACUUCUGCCAUUGUGGUCAUCGCCUCGGGCAUCGUAGCCAUCGUUUUGUCACGUUACCUCUCCAGCAUCCCCCUGCGCUGGACAGUGUUUAGCUCGAGCGUGGCCUGUGCCCUUCUUUCUCUGACCUGUGCUCUUGGCCUCUUGGCCUCGAUCGCCGUGACCUUUGCCACCCAGGGCCGGGCACUGCUGGCCACCUGCACCUUUGGGAGCCCCGAAGUCCUGGCGCUGGCACCCGACUGUCCCUAUGACCCCACACGCAUUUAUAGCUCCAGCCUGUGCCUCUGGGGCAUCUCGCUAGUGUUCUGCGUGGCGGAGAGUGUGUUUGCUGUGCGCUGUGCCCAGCUCGCCCACCAGCUGCUGAAAUUGAGGUCCUGGUGGGGGAAAAGCAGCCACCACAUGGAGAGCCCAGAGCCCGUGGAGGGCCAAGACCUGCUGAGCUGCACCGCCUCGGAGCCGCUGACACUCUGACAGCUGAUGCCUCGCCUGGGCCCUCUAGCCACUGGAUCCCUGCAACCAAGUCUGCACCGUGACCUGGCUAGGAUUCCUGCAGCCAGCCCAAGAGGGCUCAGUGGCCCCUCGGGGACCCAGGUGGGGCUUUCAACCGCGUCCGCCGGCCACUCAGCCUACUGCACUGAAAGAGACUUUAUUCUGAAGUUAUUAAAAAGAACAGAGAUGCUCCA